CGCCGGCAGCGGGGCGGCAAGAUGGCGGCGCUGCUGGCGCGGCUCAGCCGGGCCUGCCCCGGGCCCCGCGCCGCCCGCCUGCCCCGCGCCCCGGCCCCGCCGCUGCCCCCCGCCCCGGCCCCGGCCCCGGCCCCGCCGCGGCCGCUCAGCUUCUCGGCGGCAGAGCUGGUGCGCGCUGCCCCGGGCCCGGUGCAGCCCUACCUGCGCCUCAUGCGGCUGCACCAGCCCGCCGGGACGUGGCUGCUGUACCUGCCGUGCAGCUGGAGCAUCGGGCUGGCGGCCGGGCCGGGCUGCCUGCCGGACUGGCAGAUGCUGUCGCUGUUCGGCGUGGGAGCCGUCCUGAUGCGCGGGGCCGGCUGCACCAUCAAUGACAUGUGGGACCGGGACUACGACAAAAAGGUUGUGAGAACAGCAAGUAGGCCCUUGGCAGCUGGAGAUAUAUCCACUUUUCAGUCCUUCAUUUUUCUUGGGGGACAGCUUAGCUUGGCGCUUUGUGUGCUUCUGUGUCUGAAUUACUAUAGUAUUGUUCUGGGAGCAGCCUCCUUGUCUCUUGUGAUCACCUACCCUCUGAUGAAGAGAAUAACGUAUUGGCCACAGUUAGUUUUGGGACUUACAUUUAAUUGGGGAGCUCUUCUUGGCUGGUCUGCCAUCAAAGGGUCAUGUGAAUGGUCUGUUUGUUUGCCCUUGUACUUAGCUGGAGUGAUGUGGACUCUGGUAUAUGAUACCAUUUAUGCACAUCAGGAUAAGAGGGAUGACAUCAUUAUCGGUGUAAAGUCAACAGCAUUACAGUUCAAGGAGGAUACGAAACAGUGGCUCAGUGGCUUCAGCCUGGCAAUGCUCCUGAGUUUGUGCAUCACAGGAAUUAACUGUAACCAGACGUUCCCAUAUUACUCAGCUGUGGCUGCCAUAGGGGCUCAUCUAGCACACCAGAUUUACACUUUGGACAUAGACAAACCUGAAGACUGCUGGAAGAAAUUUGCUUCAAAUCGUACUGUAGGAGUUCUGCUCUUCACAGGGAUUGUGUUUGGAAAUCUGUGGAAACGAGAAGACUCAAAAAAUGUAGAAGAGCCUGUAGAAAACAGAAAGUUCUAUCAAAGCAACACCAGCUCUUUUCAGGAGUAUCCAUAGGUAUGUAAGCGUGCUGAUUCCUGCAGGGAUAUGGAGAGGGGUUGCCAUGGCAUUGGCACUUGUCAUGGUGCGGCUGGACGCUGGAUCUUUGACUCAGAAGCCUGCUUGGGAGAGUGGCACAUGGGAGCUUUCACACUCACCUUUGCCAGGAGGAGGGACUCAUGAUUUUGCUAUUUGUGUAUUUCUUGUUAAAUAUGAUACCAUUAAUGUAAGGAGGCCAGCUUUUUCCCUGUGUCUAAUUUCAGGAAAGUAUGUGCUGCAGGCUUCCAGCUCAGGAACUGUGGUGUGCAAACAGAAGGGCUGGAGGCUGUGGGACAGCCAGCAGGGAGUCACCUGGUCAGGCAUAGCAUGAGCCACUGAUAGCAGAAUGUGGAGUGAACAGGUGAUUCGAUUUAAAGUCAGGAAGGCAUGUCAGCUUGUGGAAAGAUCAGCACAUCCUGUGAGCUGAAGUCGCCAAAAAACCAGCUGAAAUCUAAGGUAACCAACCCAUCACCUGUACCAGCACAGCAUUAUGAGUAGCCAGUGGUCAUGAAAGGCACUGAAAGCGGAACUGUUGUGAUGAAAGGCUGGUGGGGAAUUGUAUUUUGUGGGUGCUGCUUUGUUUUUAUCUUUUGGCAAAAGCCAGGAAAGGGCCAUUAAUUUGUUUCUGAAUGUAUCAUGGUGCAAAUAGAAGGAGAGAAGAUCUAUUUAAGCUUCAAAACAAAGCUGACAGGAAAAAAUGUGGAUGUUAACCAGCUGUGUAAAAUUAAUGUGAAGUUUUGGUACUUGAAGGCUGCUUGCAUACUAGAGAGGUGAGUUUCCUGCAGUGCCUCCCUAUAAUUUGUGACAGGUGAAAGGCCAGAGCAAAUUUUAACACAGUACAUGCUAUAUAUAGCACCAGAAUUAUAAAGGAAAUUGUAAAACACCUCUUUAGUUUCACAUCACUUUUUCUGGAUGGUUGUGUUUUUUAAACACCACCCCCUAUCCCCAGCCAGGCAGCUGUGCUGCAGAUGUGGUUUUGUCUGAGCUAAGCAGGUAGAGGUCUAAUACAAUUAAUUUAAAAAUCAAAACCAACAACAAAGAAGUGUUGAAAAUGCUAAGUUCAAAACCUUUAAAAAUGCAGCUUUAAUUUCUGGAUGAGUGAGCAGAAAUCUCUGCCAUAAUGGAAAAAAAGCGAGAACCAAAACCAAUCCGUGAAUGUUUACACCAGCAGAAUGCAAUUCUUCCAAACUGCAGAGCUUCUUGGCUAAGGCAGGUAGAGUAACAAGGAUAAAUACCUAAUUGCUAAGGUUUAUGGGAGGCCAAGCUAAUUUUAUGGUACUGAUAUGAGGACCUAGAGUGAGGGUCUUUAGGACCCUGAGGGAUAUGGGGAGCAGAAGAUGGUUAGUAUUCUCUCCCAUUUCCUCUCAUACUCUACAAAAGCCAGGAGGCCCAGAAACCUGUCCCCUUUUCCUGCUCUAUUCUUCCUUGCUGCUGCUGCACUUGGAGAUCUUUGAGAGAGGCUCCUGCUUUUCCAUCAGCUCACCAUGUGCUCUGCAGGAUCUGAAUCUGUCAGGUGCCGGGAAAAGCCAUGGACCCCUCUCCCAAGUUAGGCCUGCUGCAAGGGACCCUCAAGCACCUAUCUCUGUCAUCAUCGAGAUUAGGUUUGGUAUAUAUUAGUAUAUUCUUGUAUGUAUUGUUCCUCAUCCCAUGUGUUACUCCCCUUUUCCAGUUCCAGUAAACCUGUUCCAGUUUUAAUUUCCAACCUUUAAGUCUCUUUUCCUUAUUCCCCUUUUAUCUUCCUGUGUGAGGGUGGAGGGGGGUAAUAGAGAGCAGUUUUGUUCUCUGGUUUUUGGUUCGUCCUGACCAUUAAACCUAGACAGUAAUAUAAAAUACAUGUCUUCAAUUGUACAAAAGAAAGAACCAAACCUGUAACAAGCUGUGAGGGCAGAGGUGGGAUGAAGCAACUGCAUGCUUAUUCCAUAGUACCUUGUUUUUUUUCUUGGACUGGCAUUAAAGUAUUGUUCAGCUCUGAAUGGAAAUAAAGUUAUUUAUCUUCAAUAUACUUUUCAACUUAACCCAGCAGGCAACAGCACAUGCAUAGCAUGAGGGGUAUGUUUUGAGGAGAAACUACAACAGUGUUAAGUGGCUUCUUAAUAGGAAGAUCUGUGUGCAUUUUGUGUUGGCUGCCAUGCUGUAGCAUGGCCAAAAAUGCAUCAGACAGAUUUUCCAGCUUUAUCAGAAGCAUUUUCCCGCAAAUGCUGUCAUGCUAUUAACCACUUUUCCAGGAAAUCGAUAAAUGCAAGUGAAAGUUCUUGAAAUAAAAAUUAAGGAAAUACAGAGUACACCAUAAUGUGUUUUUUGCUUAGUGUUGGCACAAUGCUUUUUUUCCUCUCCCUCCACUUCUGCAUGCAUGACAUCAGGCAGUGGAUCCAGCAGUGCACUAAAUGAGAGAUGUGACAGGUUACUGGAGAAGGUGUGGCACUAAUCUUAUCUGUCAGACAGAGGGGCUGGGAGGUCUCCUGCCACCUUCCUCCUUUGGGGGAAGACCCAGGGCAGAAAGGCAAGGCUCUGUAAGCACAGGUUGUCCGUGAAGCUGAUGAGACUGAGGUUGCUCUCGGUGGGGUGAAGGACAGGCUGAAGGUGUGGUCUUGCAGUGCACAGCUCCUCUUCCAGGUGACAGGUGAUUAAUACCAGGUUGCUCCAUCCCAAGCAGGGCUUUGGUAUCUGCAGAUUCAUCUCUUGUUAGGUCUUUAUCUGGUGAGGGUGCUUUCUACAGCUGUCCCACCAUUAGAGCAACUCAGGGAGCAGUCACCUGUUUUUUCUCUUAUGCUAGGUAGGAUGGUGAGAGUGCCUUCUCAGUUCUUCCCAUGUCUCUGAACCCAGUUGUGAGGGGCUGUUCCGCCAGGGGUCCUCUGAGAUCUUGGGACAUCCAUACAAGGAAUGUUGGUGCUAUGGAGCUGGUGCAAAGGCAGCGACUGUUUUAUCUGCUGUCAUCAGGUCUUGUUCAAGAAAUCAGUGGCAAUGCAGGGGAGGACCAGAAAGUUACCUUCAAGAGUUGGAGCUACUCAGUGCUGAUGUAGUUACACCAAAGUCAGAAGGUACCUCAGAAAACUGGAGGUUAAAUGCAUGGGGAGCUACCAUGAGAGGCUAUCAGGGUGAGUGGGUUCGGUGCCAGGAUAAGUCAUGCAGAAGAAACCCCAUUGUACAAAAGAGGCAUCAUGUGCAUAUGGAGAAGAGAAACAAGACUGCCAUCAAACUGAAGGUGAGCAAAGCUCUCCUCUGAAGAGGACUUGUGUGCAUGCAGCAGGUGCAGAGCUGCAUAGGUUUCCCCACUUGCACAAUUCCUCUACCAGUCCAGCUGGCUUGCCUUCUCCAGUCUGUCUUACAAAGUAUCUUAGUUAUUAAGUAGUAAAUGCCCUUUUAAAUCAUCAGUACAACUUAAUUACGAAUUAAUAUCAAUACAUUUAAAAAGUACUUGUCACAUGUCAAAUUCUGUUGCAAAGCAUGUUGGAUGUCAUUCUGCCAGUUACUUGGUUAAAGUUAGAUUAACAUCACAGAAUCACAAUAGUCAUGGUUAGAAAGGGCCUCUGAGAUCACCAAGUCCAACCAAAAAAAAAACCACCCCAAAACAACCAAAACCACACAGCUCCACAAAACCACACUUCCUGCAUCACGUGUGGCUGUUAACUCAGCUGAGGCUCAAGCACUGAGCUAAUACACUGUUCUUGUAUGCUGGCAGCAUCGUGGCAACAGCUGGCAGGUUGACAUAAAACUCCUGGCAGGCCACAGAAAUGGCACAGAGCACACAUCCAAGCUGGAAGGUAGACAUGGGUCAGCUUACCCAAAAAAGCCCCGAAGAGCAGCCAGACUGCUGAGGUUUCCCCACUUUCCACUGCCAUCUGGGGAUGGGGUCAGGGACAGGAGGACCUGCACUUGCACCCACUGAUAGUUCUGCUUGUAAAGGAGUGAGUUGGUGAAUGUGUGACCUAGGGAAUUAAUGAAGCAGCAGAUUACAAAACCAAUGAGUUGGUUGUUACAAGGGGGUUUAUUUUACUGUUGAUUUUAACCUUAGUUGUUUUUUACCUUGUGAGCUCCUGAGAUGAAGUUUGAUUCCCAGAGGGUGUUGUCCUGUAAAUCUGAGUGACCCAGAAAAAGAGUGGCACUGCCAAAAGGAUGGUGAGAAAUAACAAAAAACAAGAGCAAGAAGCAGAAGUUCAGCCAGGCUGUGUGAAGCAUCUUAUGAUAAACUUUUGCCCCAGCCAGCAUGCAACCACAGGUGGAUGUGAAACCAUUCUCCUACUGCUUUCCUUUGGGUCUGACUCGCUGUGGUCAUGUGCUACUGCAAAGUAGGUGACACCCUUAACCCCAGCUGUGAGCUCCCCACUGUGCACCUCAUGUUUGGGUAUUUGCAGCAUGAGGGGUUUAAGCAGGUGGCAAUGCAUCUCCCUAGCCAUUACCCUAGCCCCAUUUUCUGUCUGAUCAGCCAGCCAAAUGGACCUGCACCACCAUGUGCAGUGUCCCUGGUAUUGGAAGCAUGAGAGACACGCAGGCAUGGGCAGGGAACAGCUCUCAUGCCAGCUGCAGUGGUUUUGGUUUUGGUGAGAUGUGAACCUGACCCUUAGGUGUUUUUCUAAGGACUGUGAAAAUUUCUUUUAUUCUUUCCAACCGGAAGAAGGCUUUAGAGAUUUAGUUUUGUUAGUACAUUUCCCUUCUUCUUAGCUAUUGAGACAUUUUGGUCUUUGCUGUCUCACUGUGGCUAAGAGAGGCAUGCUUUGCAGCCGACUGCCCAUCUUCCCACAAUGCCACUUCAUGGGCCUGGAGAAGCCACAUGGGAGGGGGACAGUGGCUGCCAGCUAUCAGCAGAGCCCAAGUCAGGUCCCGUGGUCAGAAAUCACCAGAAACCACUGCAGCUGCAAUGGGAGGCAGUGGGAGCUUUUGGCCUGCGCUGAGCAAGAAUGAUGUUCUUGUGAGUUUCAGGAGUUUUGUGUUUUGAUUUAAUUGGUGAAAUUUUGUCAGUGUUUUUUUGUCUGACUUAAAUGCUGGGUGAAGGGAACAAGCUCAGGUUGGUAAUUAUGGUGAUAUUUUCUCAGGGUGACAAAGGGCAGUUAUACUUCAAUGCACUAGGGUUGCAGGUAAACAUAGGCUGCUUUUCUGCUGAAGAAAAGUAUUUGCAGGGCCUGGUUGCUCAGUGAGUGUCACCCCAGCUCUGAACAAAGGACAAACUGCUAAAAUCCCUAAAAUGCUGCUGAUGAGUUUUGGGCUUUCUUUAAAUGUGUAUCUCCCAUACCAACCGUACAUUUCAGCUCCUAUUUCCUUCCCUCCCCAGCAGACUCCUAGGCUACCUGCAUGAGCCUAGUCUAUGAUAUUAGAGAUCUCCUCUUCUAGAAAUCAACUGCUGAACUACAGCUUUUUGCAAACCUCAAUCCCCAUAGCAUCUUGCAAUGUUUUUGAAAAAAAAAAACAAACCAACCAAACAAAACCCACAUGUACUAUCCAGCCAGGAGUUAGCCAGGCAGGCAUGUGUGACAUUCGGUGCUUGUCUCGAACAAUCCAAGAGAUAAAUAGUAUAUUCAGUUACUUGUGGUGUCUGGUGUUUGUCUCGAUACAUCCAAGACAUAAGCAGUGUUUAACAAAGAAACGUCUCACCAACCCACCAAACCGGUUUUACUCAACUGAUAAUGGCAAGACCCCCUGUGAUGUGGCAAAUGCAGAAGGCGAACCCGGAGAGUUUGGUGUGGAACGUGCUGAGACUGUAGAUAGAAGAGGCAAACAAUUGGUGCCACAGCUAGCACUGAGCAAGGACAUCCGGCAAUAACCAGACCUUGAAUUAAUAAAGAGGCUCAGAGAGUGUUUUCAUGUAAAUCACCGACCUGGCAGAAAAGGCUUACAAAUAACUGGACCAAAGAAAUACAGGAGGUGAUGAAUUUUCCCUGCAAACGUGGAACAGUGAUUGGGUAACCGCUGUAGCUCAUCCCAGGAAUUAACUAUAUAAAGGAGAAGAGCACCGGUCUCAAGACGCCUGCUAAGAUCGGACCACCACCUCCCUUCUGUGAGACCAACGGGACGCCACGGAGCUCUGGGUGGUGACUUUCCUUUAACUCUUGAUUUCCUCUCCUGACCUUUCUCUUUUGUAGUAGUUUAGGGUUAGUUAUCGCCAUCUAUUACAAGCUUAUAACAAAUACAUAGUUAAAACUCUUACCAGAUGAUCUGCACCUAAAUAAAAAUCUAUUUGUGCACCCGA